GGGAGCUUUCUGUGUGAUUAAAUUAAAACAAUGUGAUGGUUCAGUAUACAGAAGGCAGUAUGAAGAAGGGUGGAGGAGGAGGCUGUAGUGGCAGUAGUGCUGAAAAUGUUAAAGUGGUUGUCAGAUGUCGCCCCAUGAAUGAGCAGGAGACCUCUGAUGGAAACACACGGGUUGUUGAGAUGGAUGUCCCCAGAGGAGUGGUGGAGGUGCGCAGUGCCAAAGCCCUUGCCACAGAUCCCCCAAAGGCUUUCACCUUUGAUGCCGUCUAUGAUUGGAACUCCAAACAAGAAGAGCUUUAUGAUGAAACCUUUCGGCCCCUCAUUGACUCUGUCCUCAUGGGCUUCAAUGGGACCAUUUUUGCCUAUGGCCAGACUGGGACUGGCAAGACUUACACAAUGGAAGGUCUCCCAGACGUGCCAGAGCAGCGCGGCGUGAUCCCGAACUCCUUUCACCACAUCUUCAGCCACAUCGCCAGGAGCACCAACCAGCAGUUCCUCAUCAGGGCUUCCUACCUCGAAAUUUAUCAAGAAGAAAUCAGAGAUUUGCUGGUGAAAGAGCACAAGAAGAAGCACCUGGAACUGAAGGAGAGGCCCGACACGGGCGUCUAUGUCAAGGACCUGCAGCAGUUUGUGUGCAAGAGCAUCACUGAGAUCCAGCACGUCAUGCACGUCGGCAACCAGAACCGGGCUGUCGGAGCGACGAACAUGAACGUGCACAGCUCUACUAUUUUCUUGCAGAACCUUAGCGAGGAGGUGGAUGUGAGCGGCCAGCGAAACCCGUCCGAUUUUUUACUCUCUCACAGAAUGGAGAAGGGUGAGCGUCUGAAGGAGGCCACCAAGAUCAACUUGUCUCUGUCAGCGCUUGGUAACGUCAUCUCUGCCCUCGUGGACGGCAAGAGUUCACACAUCCCAUACAGAGAUUCCAAGCUCACGCGCCUCCUGCAGGAUUCGCUUGGCGGGAACUCGAAGACAAUAAUGGUAGCAAACAUCGGGCCAGCGAGCUUCAACUGCGACGAGACGCUGACGACGCUGCGCUACGCCAGCCGCGCCAAGAACAUCCACAACAAACCUAAGAUCAACCAAGAUCCUAAGGAUGCCAUACUUAGGGAGUACCAGGAGGACAUCGCAAGACUCAAGGACAAUCGCUUGCUCUGUGGCGGCAAGAACAUCAUCGACCACACCAACGAGCAGCAGAGGGAACUGGAGCGCCAAAGAGAGCAGCUUGCUGAGCAGAAGCGACGGGAGCGCGAGAUGCUGCAACGGCUGGAGAAGGAAGAGGAGAGCUCUGGCGAGAUCGCGUCGACGUUCUCAUCUCUGCAGCAGGAAGUCGAGGCCAAGACUCAGAAGCUCAAGAAGAUGUUCACGCGCCUGCAGAGCGUCAAGCAGGAGAUGCUGGACCUGCAGGAGGAGUUCAGCAACGACAGGACCGACAUGCAACAAACCCAGGAGGAUCUCACCAAGGAACUAAAGCUGAAGAUGCUCAUCAUAGAGAACUUCAUCCCGCCCGAGGAGAAGGAGAAGAUCAUCAACAGAGCUUACUUCGACGAAGACGAAGAUGUCUGGAAG